AGCGCUACGUGUGUUUCGUGUUUUCCGUACAGUGAAUCAUGUGUGAAAAACGUGGUUUGUGCACGCGUGGACCGCAGGUGCCUCUUCUGGUAGUGACUACGUUGUUGGUAGGUGUGCGCCCGGAAUUAGUCGAUCCAAAUUUCAAGGAACCAAUUACCAACGUAACGGCGUCGGUGGGAAGGGAAGCAAUUCUGGCAUGUGUCGUUCAAGAUCUGGCUGGAUACAGAGUGGCAUGGCUGCGCGUAGACACACAAACAAUAUUGACAAUAUCUACUCACAUUAUCACAAAGAACCAUCGAAUUUCCGUCUCUCACAGCGAUCAUCGUACCUGGUUUCUUCACAUACGAGAAGUAAGAGAAGAUGACAUGGGAUGGUAUAUGUGUCAGAUUAAUACGGAUCCAAUGAAAAGUCAAACUGGUUACCUGGAAGUUGUCGUUCCGCCGGACAUUUUAGAUUACGAGACGAGUACAGACAUGGUGGUGAAAGAAGGUAGCAAUGUAACGUUGCGUUGUGCUGCAAAAGGAUCACCAGAACCUACAAUUACCUGGCGCCGUGAGGAUGGUAAAUUAAUAGUCUUGCCAGAUGGAAAAGAAGUUGCCAGCGUUGAAGGGCCAAGUUUUAAUAUUACUAAAGUAAACCGAGUACACAUGGGAUCGUACCUUUGCAUCGCAUCUAACCGUAUUCCACCAUCAGUUAGUAAAAGAAUUAUGCUGAUUGUGCAUUUCCCACCAAUGAUUUGGGUGCCAAAUCAACUAAUGGGUGCUCGGGAAGGACAAGAAUUGACUUUGGAGUGUCAUUCGGAAGCUUAUCCGAAGUCCAUCAAUUACUGGACCAGGGAUAAGGAUGAAAUAGUACCACAAGGAGGGAAAUACGAGCCUGAAUCACUAGAAAGUGCUUACAAAGUCCACAUGAAACUAACUAUAAAUGCUGUCAGUUCAUCGGAUUUUGGUUCGUAUAAAUGUGUGUCCAGAAACUCAUUAGGGGACAACGAUGGUAGCAUCAAAGUUUACAGAAUAACAUCGGGCACAAACUCGAGUAGUAGCAAUACUAGAUAUAAAGGAAAACUGAGGCAUAAUUCAAGAAACGAGAUUUUUGAUGGAAAUCAAAACAUGCUCAAAGAACGAGAUUUGAAAUUACGUGGCCGUAAGGAGGCAGGCGGCGGCGACGAUGCCGACGAUUAUGAUGAUUCCGGAGUAAUGACGAAAGAUAACCCUUUCAUCCUGAUCGUUAUUUCAGUUUCGUUCACUAUCUACCUUCACCAUCAUCCGCAGUUAAGAACGCUCCAUUCGGCUUGAAAAUCGACCGUCGCAGUGUUAGUACAUCAUCAAAUUCUCUUUUCGAUCGCAACUCAUCGAAAAUUUGUAAAUCCAUUUUAGAACACCAUCGCUCAGGGACUUCAUUCGAGGAUAAGUUUCAUGAAACGUGCUGACCACAUAUACUUUACUGUAUAAUAACAUCCUAACAUGUAAUGAUAUUAGAUAUUAUAAAUUACUCGUAAACAAUAA